AAGGGUGUGGGUGACUUGAGUUCCAGAGAAGCUUUGAAUAACACAGUGAGGGGAGAAAUAAAAGGAAUAAGCCCCACAAGCCCUCAGUCAUCCAGCUGAAAGGAGAAGACACAGGAUUAAACCAUGCCUGAGCCAGUUCCUGAGGCUACACCAGCCGGAGAGGAUGCACCCCCAGCAAAUGGAGCAGGUUCAGAUGCUGAUGAGGAUGCUGAGGCAAAUGCUGCAGCUCAGGAGCCUGGAUCUACUGAGCUUUCUGGGCUCUUUGUCGAGAAGCCGCCAAGCAAUGUAGUUGCUGUUGCAGGAAUGGACGUGACUUUCACAGCAAAGGUGGACUCAAGCACCCUGACAAGAAAGCCCACCAUGAAGUGGUUGAAGGGCAAGUGGCUGGACCUUGGCAGCAAGGCUGGAAAACAUAUGCAGUUCAAAGAAACUUAUGACAGAAAUACCAAGAUCUAUACGUAUGAAAUGAAGAUCAUCAAAGUGGUCCCUGGAGAUGCUGGAGGCUACAGGUGUGAGGUGACAGCCAAAGACAAGUGUGACAGCUCCAUUUUUGAGAUCUCAGUGGAGGCUGCACACCAGGAGGAGCAAGCAGAUAUUUUGUCUGCCUUUAAGAGAGCGGAUGCUGGAGAAGAUGAAGGAGAUCUGGACUUUAGUGCCCUGCUGAAAGCCACUAAAAAGAAGAAGAAACCUCAAAAAGAAGAACCAGAGAUUGAUGUGUGGGAAUUACUUAAAAGUGCCCACCCAAGCGAAUAUGAAAAAAUCGCCUUUACGUAUGGCAUCACUGACCUGAGGGGCAUGCUGAAACGUCUAAAAAAGAUGAAAGAAGUGCCAAAGCAUAGUGAGGCUUUCCUGAAGAGGCUUGAAUCUUGCUACUCAGUGGAAAAGGGGAAGAAAAUCGUCAUGUCCUGUGAGGUGCUUGAUCCCAACGCCCAGGUCAAAUGGCUGAAGAAUGGCCAGGAGAUCAAACCUUCAGCCAAAUGUGUCAUGGAGACGAAUGGAAAUAUCAGAACGCUUACCAUCAAUAAGGCGAACCUGGCUGAUGAUGCUGCAUAUGAGUGUGUGGUUGGGGACGACAAGUGUUCCACAGAGGUCUAUGUCAAAGAGCCUCCUGUGACCAUCACCAAGCUGAUGGAUGACUAUCAUGUGGUCGUGGGAGAAAGAGUGGAAUUUGAGAUUGAGGUGUCCGAGGAGGGUGCACAUGUCAUGUGGUACUUUGAGGAUCAAGAAAUUCAUAAAGACAAAGACUCAACAAAGUAUCGCUUCAAGAAGGAUGGAAAGAAACACACAUUCAUCAUUCAGGAGGCUACACUGGAUGACAUUGGAAUGUACCAUGCAUGGACAAAUGGAGGACAUACCAAAGGAGAACUGGAGGUGGAAGAAAAGGAGCUGGAGGUGUUGCAGGACAUCGCUGAUCUGACAGUCAGGGCAACAGACCAGGCUUUAUUCAAGUGUGAAGUGUCCGAUGACAAGGUCACAGGCAAGUGGUACAAAGAUGGAGUGGAGGUCCUGCCAAGUGAUCGCAUCAAAAUGACUCACAUUGGAAGGUUUCACCGGCUGAUUAUUGAUGACGUCAAGCAGGAGGAUGCUGGAGACUAUACAUUUGUUCCUGACGGAUAUGCUCUUUCACUUUCUGCCAAACUCAACUUCUUGGAAAUUAAGAUUGACUAUGUACCCAGACAAGAUCCUCCAAAGAUCCACCUGGACACCACUGGAAACAUGGUUUCCCAGAACACCAUCAUCGUGGUGGCGGGCAACAAACUUCGUUUGGAUGUGGAGAUCACAGGAGAACCUGCACCCACUGUGGUUUGGUCCAAAGGAGAACAACCAGUCACAGAAACCGAAGGGCGUGUUAGAGUAGAGGCCAGGAAAGACCUCAGCUGCUUUGUUAUCGAGGGGGCAGAAAGAGAGGAUGAGGGCAACUACACCAUCUGUGUUACCAACCCAGCUGGAGAGGACAAAGCCAUGCUGUUUGUGAAGAUUGUGGACGUGCCUGACCCUCCUGAGAACGUCAAAUGCACAGGAGUGGGAGAGGACUGUGCCAGCAUCAUUUGGGACCCUCCUAAAUUUGAUGGCGGUGCACCAGUCAAAGGGUAUCUCAUGGAGAGAAAGAAGAAAGGCUCCUCCAGAUGGACUAAGCUCAACUUUGAUGUAUAUGAAUCAACUACAUAUGAGGCUAAGAGGAUGAUUGAAGGAAUUUUGUAUGAGAUGAGGGUCUUUGCAAUUAACAGCAUUGGCAUGUCUCCACCAAGUCUAAGCUCCAAACCUUUCAUGCCGAUUGCCCCAACUAGUGAGCCAACACGUCUGACAGUCCACGAUGUGACAGACAGCACAUGCAGCUUGAAAUGGCUCGCCCCAGAGAAGAUUGGAGCCGGGGGCCUGGAUGGCUAUAUUAUUGAAUACUGCAAGGAGGGAGACACUGAGUGGGUGGCGGCAAACAAGGAUCUGUGUGAUAGGCAGGGAUUUGUAGUGCGUGGCCUUCCCGUGGGAGAGAAGAUCAACUUCAGGGUAGUGGCAGUAAACGUUGCUGGUCGCAGUCCACCUGCUACACUAGCACAGCCUGUCACCAUCCGUGAGAUAGUUGAACAUCCAAAGAUCCGCCUUCCUCGUGACCUGAGAACAAAGUACAUCAGGAAAGUAGGAGAAAAGAUCAACCUGACCAUCCCCUUCCAGGGUAAGCCACGCCCUGUUGCAACCUGGUACAAGGAUGGUCAACAAAUUGACCCCAAAAUGGUCAACGUUCGGAACUCAAAUGUGGACAGCAUCCUCUUCAUUCGCUCAGCUGAGAGAGAGCACUCAGGAACAUAUGAACUAGUUCUUCAGAUUGAGAACAUGGAGGACAGAGCGACCAUUAGCAUCAGGAUUAUUGAGAAGCCUGGGCCUCCUCUGAAUGUCCGGGUGACUGAUGUAUGGGGCUUCAAUGCAGCGCUGGAAUGGGACCCCCCCAAAGAUGAUGGCAACAGUGAGAUUAUUGGAUACAUGAUCCAGAAAGCUGACAUGAAGACCAAGGAAUGGUUCACUGUUUAUGAGCAUAACAGAAGGACAAACUGCACGGUUUCAGAUCUGGUCAUGGGCAAUGAAUAUAUGUUCCGCAUCUACAGCGAGAACCUUUGCGGCCUGAGUGAGGAACCGCGCCUCAGCAAGAACACAGCCGUCAUUGCUAAGACAGGUUUGGAGCAUAAAAUAAACCCCUACAAGGAAAAAGACAUGUCCUGUGCACCCAAGUUUACUCAGCCCCUGAUGGAUAGAUCUGUUGUAGCCGGUUACAGCACUGCCAUCAGCUGUGCUGUGAAAGGCUUCCCCAAGCCAAAGAUUGUUUGGAUGAAGAACAAAAUGAUCAUUGGGGAGGAUCCCAAGUAUUUGAUGCAGAACAAUCAAGGAGUGCUGACCCUCAACAUCCGUAAGCCAAGCACCUUUGACGGUGGCCAGUAUUCUUGCAUGGCUGUCAACGACUUGGGCAAGGAUGAAGUGGAGUGCAAGCUGGAUGUCCGAGUUUUCAUAGAGGCAGACAAGAAAUGAGAAACCGAACAGCAAAGAAUGUGAAAUCAUAUGAACCAAAACCUGAAUGAAGAGUGAAUGUCACUAAGAAUGGUACACAUUGUCAAGAGUGAAUCAAAUAAAUUUAAUUGAUGCCUGUUACAAUUUCUGUCAAUUUGUAAUACAUCUUAUUUCUUGCUUUAAGAUCACUUUUGUGAAUAUUGAAAUCAUACACACAAAAUUCAAAGAAGAAAAGACCUCCUAAACUUUCCACACAAAAUCCAAAUAUUAAACUGAUUCAUAAUAUAUAUAGUACAUGAUUAUGAGAAGUGUUUCCACUUUGACGAUGCAUAGUUAUGUAAUUUUUACACUUGUGUGGUAAUCGUUUACACUACACGCCCCUAGAGUAGUUUGUCCUCCGCCUGUGGAUGGCCAUCCCUAUACUGAACAGCAGUGCCACUGCCAGGAGUCCCACUGCCACUGCAAGUGCUGUGAUGAUACCUAUGAGAGACAACAAUUAAAUGUUUUAGUACAUAUAAAUGUAAGAUAUUUUAAAAAAAACCUUGACAUAUUGACAAUAAGCAGUAUUUCAUUGAGAAAAAAAAAGUAUACCUACACUGGGUCCACAAAGUGACUGUUAUAAUGAUGCUGUGUACUGAAGCAGAA